GGCUGCCGGUGGCGGCGGUGGGAGUGGCACCAGCUGGCAGUCGUGUCCCGGGGUGAGGCAGGCCGAGGAGUUGGCGCCGGGGUAUGGUGGUGAAGUGAGGUGUGAGUAAGUGAGGCGCUGUGGCGCGUUGUCCUAGUGCACGGGGGACCUUCCGACGCGGGGAGACGGCUCGGGCUCUGUCGAUCGAAGUAGUGACUAGUGUUCGUGUUGCGCUUUUCUGCUGGCAGAAUGUGCUGGGAAGUUUAGAUUUCGUCCAAAGUUAGAAAAUAAGGAGUCAAGUAUCAUUAACUACCAGGGAAUAUCCUUCCGUGGAGCCUCCUCUGGCUCAGUCCGUCCUUCUCUUCUCAGAGAACAACUACAUGCAUAUUUGUAUUCAAAACAUUCCGGUUCAUCAGAAUUUAUAUUUUUAUCUCACUUGUUCAUACUUUGCAUCUCAUUUCUAAAGCAUGCUUGGAAAAGAAAGCGAGUAAGCCACCAAACACCUUUAGCGCGAACAGCGGGAUGGCCUUCCAACGAAGUUCAGUCUAGCAGAGGGAACAUUACAUAAGCCUGAGGAUCUUCGAUACAGCCAGUUACCCUAGUGCAAUUGGAUAUAUUUCGUGCUCCAUCCCAUUACGGCGGCGCUCAUCUGUGUGUCUACUGCGAAAGGAAGCCUUAUCAAGUCGAUAUCGAAGCCCCAUCGCUAACCCGGAUAGUGAGCAGUAGGGGAGCUACGUAGUAUGGAGUCCUGGACUGCACUCUUCCUCACCGUGUUCCUCAUCUACGUGGCUUGCACGCUCUCUGUAUUCUACGAUAUAUUCGUCUAUUUCUUUGAGUGAUGGAUAUGGUCCAGAUAACAGUUGUGCAAUAUAGGCAUUGGAUAUUAUGAAGCACGAGACGGACUAAGGAGACGGUCGAUUUUUCGUACAAAAAGUAAAACUUUUAGUGGAAAUAAUUGUGGUGUUGCUGGAAGCAUUAUGGCCGGCUUACAGACGUACAUUCGCCCGGUGCUACUGCUCAUGAGCGCCGUCGAGACGUCGAUGCUCCACCUGGGGAACAUCAUGUGGUACCAGACGAAGCUCAGCCUCCAGGAGAUGUACUCGGGAAUCCAGUCCCGCGCCGCGGGGGCUUACCAGGAUGCCCGGCGGCGGGCCAGCGUGGUCUACGAGGACAUGCAGGAGAUGGCUGGGGGCACCUACAGCGUCGUCCAGAGUCGCACGUCCGAAACCUGUCAACAGUUCUUCAAUAGAGUUAAUCUGGUUUACAUCCAGUGCCAGUUGAAGGUCAACCUGGCCCUUCAUCGGUGCCAGUUGCAGCUGAGCUUGGCUUACAAAGACACAAAGGCUUGGCUUGGUCAGAGGGCCCAGCAGCACAUAGGAGUGCACUUGAAGAAUGCGCAGCAGAAAGUACUAUUGAUGCAUAAGUGGACGAAGAUCAAGGUGACGAGGUGGAAGAAGGCUGCGGCUGAGACUGCCAAGGUAAACCUCGAGCGCAUGAGCCUCAAAGCGAGGGAAUACGAGGACGUACUCGACCAGAAACUUCGCAAGCUGAGCCGCUCGCCCUCCACCAAGAAGCUGCAGGCGCGAGAAGAUUCUCAGCCGGUGGUGCCGCCCCGCAAAAAGGGCCGCGACCGCAGCUCCAGCCUCGCCAGCAGCGUCUCCGUCAGCAGCCAAGGGAGCAAUUGCAGCAGCAAUGGUAGUGAAAAGAUGCAAGCAAUGAGGCGGCGAGAGGGCGGCGUGGCG